AUGUCAGAUACACCUGUAUUAUCGUAUAAGAAGCCUUCAUCGGCUUCCAGCCGACAACAAUUAUCUACACCAUCACACCCCUCGUCGCCCUUACCAAGCCAAGUUGAAUCACCCCGUAUUUCAUCAACGACAUCUCGCCAAGUGCUGUCAAGAAGGAAAGCAUUGCAAGACUUUUAUAAUAUUCACCAUCAAGAGUCACAAGAUACAAAUAUAGAAAAGCUGACUUUGAAGCCUCUGAUAUCUUCGUCAGAGGCAAUCCAUGAUGUUAAUUUCAAUAAUGCUGAAGAAUUAUCGAAGUUUAUGAAAAAUACACCAGUUGAAGAAAUACUCAAGUUACGAAAUUCUAUAACAAAUAAACUAAAUUCACACGAUCUGGCUAAGAAAUCUAUCAUAUAUGACAAUUACUACGAAUUGAUUAAAUUGAGUCAAAUAUUAGGUGAUUUGUCAAAGCCUAAGUCUGUGGCCAAAGAGAAUGUAUUGGAUGGUCUUGGAAUUUUCACGAAUACGCCUAAUGAACCUAUAACCAAAACGAAAGAAAUUAAUGAUCAAGACCUUGAUAACAUAUUCACAGACCUUUCAAAAUUUAUAAAUGAGGAUGUGCAACGAUUUAAUACAGAAUUCGAAACAGUCGUUAAAAAUAUACAAAAGGACUUUGAUAAUGACGAUGAUUCGACCUCUAGUAUAAACGGUAUAGCUGAGAGAUCAGAAAUUGGUGAAUUUCCUGAAAAUAUUAAUAAGCAACAGUUGGUAAAGGAAGUAAAUGUAUUACUAGAUCAAGAUCCAAAGAAUUUUGGGCAAGAAUCGAAGAAGAAGAUUUUGAGCGAUAUUCAGGAUAUCUUGAAGUCUUUAAGCAUACAUCAUGAUGAAUUAUUAAUUCUUCAAUUAAAUAAAUUAAAAUCGAAAUUUACUUAG